AUGAAGAAUCUGAAAAAGAGGAGGAAAAGGAAGAGGAUAAAAACGAAGAGGAUGGAGAAGGAUGGAAAUAAAGAAGAGAAGGAAGAAAACAAAGAGGAGAAAGAGGAAGAUGAGAAGGAGAAAGAGAAGGAUGAAAAGCAACAAGAGAAGGAAGCUAAAGUUAGUGUAGCAGUUGAUGCAAAUACUGCAAACCAGCCAGUUGAUGGUGAUGAUAUUGAUGAAGAACCAAAUGAAGACCUCGCUAAUUUAGUAAGGUCGAUCACUAAGAGUAUCCUAAAGGAUACUGUUGUUCAAGAGAAGCAGCCAAAUGUUAUAAAGAAAGCAACAAAAAAACCAAUUGAAAGUAAGUUGUUAACAAAAGAAAGUAAAUAUUGUAUAAAAGUAAAUACAAAUCAAUUAAAAGUAGAUAGUGUAUGGUUCUUUGAAACUACAUCUGCUGUUUUUAUUUCAAGUGAUGGUGAUAAAAAACCUGUUGCAGAAGAAACCAUUGUGCUUAAGAACAUUCACCAAGAGAUAGCUUCAAAGAUAUACAUCAAUGUAGAUUGUGGAGAAAAAUAUGUUUAA